GGGCAGCAGCCCGCUAUGCAGCAUAGGCGACUUCUUUUCUGUACCCUCACGUUGGCUUCUAAACACGCAGCAGGUUUUACAGCGGCCUUAUUCCUCGGCCCUCCUUCCUGUCGCAGAGGGGCACACUCAAUGCACCAUCAUGUUUUCAGGGUCGGCAGGGCCAGGCUCUUGUCCUUGACAACAAGAGCAGCGUUCGCAGCGUCUGGCACCGUUCAUCUGUCACAGCAGCACCAAGCGCUAGAGCCAGGGCAGUCGAAGUGGAUAUCUUCUUCGUCGAGGUGGGUCUCUUCGCCGUCCAGCCGAGGCUCAGGUUUCGGAUGGCGCUCGCCCGGGCAACCGGCGCUGUCCAUGUCGGCAAGCAGCAGGAGGAGCAACAGCGGUGCGCCAUUACGGUUCCGCGGAGGAGCGAUGGCAGACGAGCCUCUUGCGGCGGCGCUGGAGGCAUGGCCCUGGAAGAAUCCUCAAGGAAUUCUCGUGUCGCCCAUGGACAAGCGACAUUACCGAUGGCUGCUCUUGCCCAACGGUCUGCAGGUCAUGGUGAUGGUCAUCAGCGACCCGAACGCCAACAAAGCUGCAGCGGCGAUGUCGGUGGACGUAGGAGCAGCAUCGGACCCGGUGGGGCUUCCUGGCCUAGCGCACUUCCUCGAACACAUGCUUUUUCUCGGUACAUCCAAGUACCCCGUCGAAAACGCGUACAAGUCGUACCUGGCGAAGCAUGGGGGGAGGUCGAACGCGUCGACUGCCAUGGACGUGACCACCUUCAAGUUCGAGGUACUGAAAGCCAUCGCGGAUCCGGAACACCCGUACUCGAAGUUUUCGACGGGUGUGGGGUUGGAUACGCGCGACCAGCUGCUGCAGUUCCACGAGAAGCACUACCACGCGGCCAACAUGGCGCUGGUGGUUCUGGGCAAGGAGAGUCUCGAUCACCUCGAGACCUUGGCGAGAGAUUGCUUCAAGGAGGUGCGGGCCUCAGGGUCGACUCGACCCUCCUCCGAGUCCGACAACGCACCAUCGGCCCCUACUCUAACUCCGGGCGAGGGAGAAACAGUGGCGGAGGCCCUUGCGAAGACGAUGAGGUCGCCGUGGGCCACCCCCCCCGCCAUGACGGUCGACCUAGAGCCGCUGCGAGGAAUGCGACAGCUCAUCAUACAGUGGCCGAUGCCGCCGGUUCGCGACCUGUGGAGGAACUCACCGACGAUGGUUUUGUCGCACCUCCUCGGCCACGAGGGGCCCGGCAGCCUGUACGCGGCGCUGCAGGACCAGGGUCUGGCCAACUCGCUGUCGUCGGGAAUGAGGACGGCACACGAGGACUUCAGCCUAUUUCAGGUUAUCGUUCACCUCACGAGAGAAGGACAAGCGCGGUGGAAAGAGGUGGCCGCUUUGGUACACGCGCACGCGGGCUUGGUGAGGAAGCUCCCCCCGGAGGACGCCAGCCGCGCGUGGCAGGAGUCACGGGACAUGAGGGCCAUCUACCUCCGCUUUCAGCAAGAGAUUUCGCCAUACAAUGCAGCAACAAGCCUCUCGCGGCGACUCCAGCUUUAUCCGUCGAACGAGGUGUUGAGCGCAGGCGCGGUAUUGGAUCUCGAGAUCGACCCUGCCUUGUUCUCCGCGUUUACGGACUAUUUACGACCCGAAAACACUUUGACGUGGAGGGUGUGGAAGGGCAGGGGGAGCGGCAGGAUUAAGGGGGGAGUCGACGCGUCAGAGAGCGGCUCAGGGCAGGAGGGAGGGGCGGUGGAAACGACAGUGAGGGGCGAGGGGGAGCAGCCGCUUCUGGAGGAGCGCUGGUACGGAGUGCCUUACCGGGUGUCUCCGACCCCUGCCAAGCUGCUGCAGGCUUGGAGCAACCCCUCGGAUCGCCUCGAGAGCCGUCUCAAGCUCCCGGGGCCCAACGUCUUCAUCCCGGACGACUUCUCCCUCGUCUGCGACAGGGAAGGCCAAAACGGUUGUAGCGACAGCAACAACGGGGCGACACCGGCGGGGGGGAGGGUAGUACAGGGGGAGGCUAAAGAAGGAGUCAUUAAAGCUCCUGAUUUGUUGGAGACUAGCAACGAGGAUGGCGUCGGGAAGGCGGGCCAGUUGUGGCACAGACUCGACACCACUUUCCGACAGCCGCGCGCACAGGUGCGGGUGGUCCUUGCGACUCCUGUCAUCUCGGACGCAGGAGCCAAGGGGCGUCAACACGCUCAGAUCAUGGCAGACAUUCUCCACAAGGUCCUCGCGCAGAGAACCUACGACGCGCAGCUGGCGGGUCUGCACUGGGGCGUGUCGCGUCACACGUGCGGGUACGUGCUACAGGUGUCGGGCUUCAGCCAGAAGAUCGACCUGCUGCUGCAACAGGUGGUAGAGGCGUUUCUCGACCCUGUUGCGGCGGCGGGGGGCCCGGAAGAGUUCGCGAAGCAGUUUCGGCUGGCCAAAGAGCGGGCCCUGACGCGCACCAAGAGCUGGGUCAUGAGCCGCCCCGACGAGGUUGCUCACUACUACAACGGCUUGGCCUUGAAGCUAUCCGACGACCUCGUCCCCGACCCUGGACACAUCAAGGCGGCCGAAGCCACCAACCUGGAGGAAUGCCUGUCGCAGCAUAAGGAGGCUCUGGCCAAGGUGCUUCCCGUAGGGCUCGUGUACGGAAACACUUCUCAAGAUGACGCCAGAAGGAUCUGGAAGACGAUGACGGAAAGGCUGGACGCUUCGGGUUGCCGCCCUCUCCCUGAGGACGAGUACCCCCGCUCGCUCACAGGCGUCCUGCCUAGAGGCAAGCGGGUCAACCUCCGGCUGGACGUCCCGAACAGACACGAUGAGAACUCGUCAGCAAUUGCUUACUUCCAGCUUGGAGAGCGCGACGAAAGAAGGGCCGCCACGUUACUCCUGCUGAGUCAGAUGAUGCGGGAACCGUGCUACACGGAGCUGCGGACCAAGCAACAAAUCGGGUACAUCGUGUCCAGCGGGGUCCACAACUACGGCAGGGGGGCGAGGCAGCUCGGGUUCUCCGUGCACGCCCUGUCCAAGACCCUCGGUCCCGAUGAGAUCUGCUCGCGCAUCGACGCCUUCUUGCCGCAAUUCCGAGAGCUUGUUCGCAACAUGUCUGAUGAGGAAUUUGACAUGCACGUGGGCAGCCAGGUGUCGAAGCAGCUAGAGCCCCCAACCAAGGCCGACGCAGAGUUCGGCUUGAUUCUCGGCGAGGUUUUCUCGGGCGACCUCAAGUGGGACCGGGCAGCGGUGAAGGCAGAGCUACUCAAGACCAUCACCCGACAGGAGGUGUUGGACCUUCUAGGUGGCGAGAUGCUGGACGGCGAUGGCGCCAAGCGCCUGAACGUGCUGGUGUACGGCAAGAACCACCCGAGACCAGAGCGCAUCUCAGAGGACGAAACAACGACGAUCGAACUGGUCCCGGAGACCCUUCAGACCUUCACGCGAACCCUGGCAGUGCAGGACACGACGGUGACUCCUCAAGAGGCCAUCGCCAACGCCACAUCAUAAUCAUCGCUGGAUGGCACAAACAGCUGUCAAGAUUAUUGGAGCUAGAUUGUUGUCAUCGUAUAGCCACGGACACGGUGCAGCAGUUUCUCCGUGAGAUGGGAUAUACCGCCCUUGGCCGGCACGAUAGACAGCGGCUAGCACCACGGGACGGGGGUGAAGGAAGUCAUCACGCCCUCUUUACUCCCUUUUUUUCCAGAAUUGGCGGUUAAUUUUAUUUAUUUUCAUUUACCCUGCAGAGUGAGCGAAUGAGCUCUUGAAACGGAAAUAUUGUGAAAUACGACGUAGCGUUGUGUAACGUGUUGCCUGUCUGUGAAGCCCGAGUUCUUGUCUAGUUUCUUCACCAUAUGUUGGUUGAGUGGUGGUUGUGUUGUGUGUGUACCAAUGCCCUUCUGUAGAUGUGACAACUCUUGCAAGCAAGGAUGUUCGAGAAUUGGAGGGACAGACUAGCAUUGAAACGCAACAAUCGACACCUGCUGCAGUUCACAAGCAGGACCACCUAUUUGGGAAAACAGUCGUGCGCAUUUUUAGUGUUUACAUGCCAGUUCGAGGACCACGUCGAGCGUACCUCGUGAUGGAAAGGAUUCUGUGAUUUUCUUUUCCCAGCAAUAUAACGCUCCAAAAUGUACCCUUUUUGUCAUCGCCGAAGUACCACACCUACCAACACCUAAAGGACACCUUCGAGGUGCUCAUCAGUCAUCAGUUCUACUGUUCUUGACAACAAGCCCUUUACUUCGCAUCACACAGCCCGAGGCCAAGUUCCAACAGAGGCCGUUACAAGGCGACUGACUGCCCAUGAAAAGCCUCUGCCACCCGUACCGAAGGGUCAAAGACACAGACUCGGAGACUCUUGCUCUCUAAUUCAUCCACGAGUGGGCCGAGAAAAGUACCGCACCUGUCUAUCCAACGCGCGUCAUCUCGCAAAGGGACCGGUUGUGAAUCUAACGAAUUACUGGUGGCGACGUGCGCCGCCCGAAACCCUCAAGAGGAAAAAGCUAGAGAGCAUUAUCAAGUGGUAUCUCUGUCCGGACGGCGGUUGCUUUUACUGUGCCUUGCGAGCCAAGCCACACACAGACCGUGCCCCAAAACUUUUAUGGAACACCCGAGUCGCCGACAGUCCAGAGAGGAUGGCGCGAACGCCGUCGAAAUCCAGACAAGUCAACCUGCGGAAAAAACCUCUAUAUCGAAAAACGCACCCCUCAGGAUGUGUCUUAUCGACAGAAUCAAGAUCAGAAAUCGAAAUCAAAAAUCAGUUGAAGUCCUGAAGAGUCGCCCAAAUUCGCCCGCAGUGUCAUAUCGAGAAACCACCAAAAUCAAAAUCGAAAUUGAGAAACACGGUGAAGCGCCCACUUCAAGCGGCGAACAGCCCGCCAGUUCCGUGACACGACGUCCGCAGCGUCGCGCCUCAUCCCAAAAGAAUGGCUCGCGCUCCUGCCAGCCGCCGCUCAUGGCUGCGAGGAAAGACAAAGAAGCGCAUGAGACAGCUCCUGGAGCUGCUGAUGAUAAUGGUGCUCAUGGACGAAGGCGAUCCCCCUCAGACCCGGGAUAAUUUCGUGCGCCGCGAGCGGAGGAGCUGGUACACCUACGCGUUGUAGUACCGCCCGUCACCGUUUGCCCCAGGCUGUGACAUCGUCUCCUCUGCUUACUGCCGCUCGCGCGUGAGUGGUGGGUGUCCUCCACAUGCCAAGAUGCCAAGGCGUGGUCCUCGAUGUGUCAAAUCGGCACAAAAACCCGGCCCCUACACACCCAAUAGCCCGCCACGUGCGCUGUUCGCAAAAGUCGACAUCGAUUUUAAUGUUUUUGCAUUUAUUUGAGUUCGAGUUUAAGCAUAGGAAGAUUCCGUGCGGUCUCCAUCCAAAUGCUUCCGACGGACAGGUGGAAAGUUAUUCCAUCCAAUCACAGCAGAUGUUCGUUGGCUCUUCCAGGACUUAAACUGAUUUUUUAUUUCGAUUUCUGAUCUUGAUUCUGUCGAUAAGACACAUCCUCAGUCCGAGAUUCGGUGUUGUCCGCGGACUCAAUGUCCCCACGCAAAACUCAUGCAAGCCAAGUACGACACAGGGGGCCGAUGCCAGAGCAGUAUAGUGCCUGCCGAGUGUCUUGAUUACAAAGCACAUAAACGGUCUGCUCUCACGUGAAUCCUGACGCCGAAAGCUUGACUGAUUGAACAGGCGUCGACUCGUGC